CUUCUCCUCCCGCCAUUGCGACGGUAGUGUGCAAAGUGGAAGGAACGUACAUCAGAUGGUAAAAGCCUCCAAAGCGAGGGACGGGAGGGCGCGCAAUGGCUCGCUACGCUCCUGCACCUCCAGGCAGCUUGAGAACCUCUCUGGCCAGACAAGGUGUCAUCACUCAUCGUCCUUUCCUCCCCUAAGCAUGUUAUCGCUCCGUCCCUGUCCCGGCUAUCGCCUACUGACAGCAAGUGCACCCACCGGCGCAAGAAUCGCCGACGAGGCCAUUUCGGCGACCUUCUUUCAUCCAUCCGUCCCGUCUUACCCAACAUCCCCGCAUCUCGAUAGGACCGCUUUGACUGGAAUCAUCAUGGCACCUCAAUCACCUCCUUUCGGUGUACCAGCUUCGCCAACCAACUGAUCCAGUAUGGUGAAGGUAUCGACGGGACUGAGGAUGUUUGCGUUCGUUUAGACUCCUCCCAAAAGAAGUGAAGUCUUUCUGGUAGACAUGUUGUUCAAGAUGCUCCCAGGUCAGCGCUACCUACGCCUUACUCGACCAAAAGUCCUGGAAGUCCCCGCCAAUCAUUGCGGUCAAUUCCUCUUGGACUCGAGCCAAGCAAUUUCUGCAUGGAAACUCUCCCGAACUCCUCUUGGUCGCAAGCCCUCCUUCCUCCUCACGCCAGCGAUGGAUGGCACUACCAACUUUGUACCAUACAUGACCGGUUACCAAUGCCUGCUUGACUACCUGCCCACUGUAGGCACCGGCACUGGUUUCGCAGAGGACGUCACGACCUUCUUCGGCCAUUGCUCCGGCGAAGGGAGGGAUUAUGAAAUCCAACUGGCGGAGACCGGCCUCUCAGUGUCAGCAUCUCGGCAUAUGCUGGUCUCUCGAGAAUGUGUCGAUCCCACGCAAGUAUCAAGGACGCCAAAUGGGCCUAACAUAGCCACGAUAGCAGUCGGCACUUUGUCUAGUACCAUGUGUGAUAACACUCGACAUUAUACUCUAUCCGUUCAGUGUUCCCUUGCCCGAUCAUGCGAACCACGCAACUGCCAGCCGAAACUGAUACCAGAUAGUCCACCUGCAUAUCCCCAAUCUUAUGCCGCAUUUGUCAUGAUCGAGGAUUUGGGCAGCAGUCUGAAAAGGUCCUCAUCAAGAUCCCAAUGGUCAAGAGGUAUUCCAAGAGGCUGGCAAUGAGAUCUUCCAGAGCAGGCCGAGUUUGUCAAUGGUAUGAAUGGCAAAGUGUGUCUCCUUCACCAG